CCGCGCGUAACGUUGACAUCCCCAGUCAACCCCCACCCCCCCUCGAGCUCUAUUGCCAAGAUGCCUCCCUUCCCGGGCUCGAUCCUCGUCAAUUCAUCCGGAAAAGCACUCAAACGAAAGCGCUCUUCCGCCUCCGCCUCCGUGUCCUCUGCUCCCACUCCCAAUCAUUCCGCACCCGCCAGCACCGACAACGGUCGUGUCCGCGUUCAAGGUGGCAUCGAAUCCCUAAAAUGGAAAAGGGUCAGAUUGCCAGAUCGUCUCGACGACAUGGAAGGUCUCAUGGGAUUGGAAGAGAUCGACGGUGUGGAUAUUGAGAUGGAGGAGAUCGGGGGUGGUGCGAAGAAGUUGAACCUGUUUAUGAAGGCCGCAAAGAAGGCGGAAGAGAAGAAGCAGGCUAAAGAAGCAAAGCAGGAGAAGGAGGAUGGAGGUGAGGAGCAGGAUGUGGACACGGUGGAUGAGGCAUCGGCACCCAAGGCGGAAGAGGAGGAAGCGGCACCAGCACCAAAAUCCAAGAAGCAAAAGCAGAAGAAGGAAAAGAAGGAGAAGAAACCCAAAACUCCCGUCGUCGCCGAAGCCCUCGCAACAGAAGAAUCAACCUUCGCAGGCCUCGACGAAUCCGAAGAAGACGUCGACCUCCCCAACUGGUCCGAGUUCUCCCUCUCCCAGCCCCUUCUCCGCGCCCUCCACUCUUUCAACUUCUCCGCUCCCACCGAUAUUCAAGAACUCGCACUCCCACAUCUGCUCUCCGGCCGGGACCUAAUCGGUAAAGCCGCAACCGGAUCCGGAAAGACCCUGGCAUUCGCAUUGCCGAUUAUUGAGCAUAUCAUCUCGACUGGAGUGAGGGAGAAGACCCAAGCGUUGAUCUUGGCGCCGACGAGAGAGUUGGCGCAUCAGAUUGCGAAGGCUGUAGAGGGUUUGGCGAAGUUUUCUGCUGUGAACGUGAUUACCGUUACGGGUGGUUUGGCAGUACAGAAACAGCAGCGUCUUCUCGCCAAGAACCCGGAUAUCGUCGUUGCUACCCCGGGACGUUUGUACGAGGUUAUGAGGGAUGGACAUGGACUGAUUGCUGCGUUGAAGGGGAUCAAGUUCUUGGUCUUGGAUGAGGCGGAUAGGUUGUUGCAGGAGGGGCACUUUAAGGAAGUCGAGGAGAUCUUGGAAUUGAUUGGUGGAGGUGAGGAGAGCGACGGUCGACAAACGCUUGUUUUCUCCGCGACGUUCCAGAAAGAUUUGCAGCAGAAGUUGGGAUCGAAGAAGGGGUUCAAAUUGAAGAACAAGAAGUUCUCGGAUGCGAAGGUGAUGGAUAACAGUGAUACGAUGGCAUACCUCCUACAGCGCCUCAAGUUCCGGGAGGAUGCGCCGGAGUUCGUGGAUGCAAACCCGGAUGACGCUGUUGCUAAGAAAAUCCAUGAGGGAAUCAUCGAAUGCGGUGCUCAAGAGAAGGAUUUGUAUCUCUACUACUUCCUCCUCCGAUACCCCGGCCGCACACUCGUCUUCGUCAACAACAUCGAUGCCGUGCGACGUAUCCACACCCUCCUCUCCGAACUCGGCGUCCACAUCGUCCGUCUCGACUCCAACCUCAUGCAAAAACAGCGAUUGAAGGCCUUGGAGCGGUUUAAGGCGACGGCAAAGUGCGUCAUGAUCGCAUCUGAUGUCGCGGCGCGUGGAUUGGAUAUCCCGGGCGUACAGCAUGUCAUCCAUUACCACCUUCCCCGUGCUGCGGAUAUGUACGUUCACCGCUCUGGUCGUACGGCGCGUGGUGCUGGGAAUGAGGGUGUUGCGAUUAUUUUGUGUGCACCCGAUGAAGUCGGGAAUUUGAGGAAGAUGAUCGCCAAGUUGGAUAAGAAUGUGGAGGAAAUGGCGACGUUCCCGAUUGAUCGGCAACUUGUUGCGAAGCUGAAGCCGAGGAUUACGUUGGCGAAGAAGAUUACGGAGGGGGAUAAGGCACAAUCCAAGAAGGGUCACGAAGACGCUUGGUUGAAGCAAGCGGCCGAGGACUUGGGUGUCGACAUCGAUGAGGCCAUCUCCGUCCCCGACAAGAAAAUCAACUCCAAGUCCGCACGUGCGGCGAUGAAAGUUGAACUGGUGGAGUUGCUGAAACAACCUGUGAGAGGCGGGUUCUCGACAAAGUACUUGACGAGUGGAGAGGUCAAUUUGGCGCAGCAGUUGUUGGAUGGGAAAAGUCAUUCCAUGUUUCUGGGGAAGGAUGUUUCUACUGCUUUGGGAGAUAUUCCGAGGAAGAAGAAGGAGUGAACAUGUACUAUUAUCACUUAGACCGGCGUUUGGGCGGCCUACCUUAUCGACCCCGGUGUUGCUGUACCCGCGCCACACUCUACGUACAUGCUCCCCAGGCCAGUCGACCCAGACACCGAGAAGACCGACAAUUCGUAGACGAUAGAGGAAUUGUCAUGGGCGCAUGUCUAAGUCUCUGUGGGAUUGGAAAGGAGGCACAUAACGAUGA